UCCAAAAAAAACGAGUGAAAGAGAGAUCGAAGGAAAUGGCACUGAGGGCAGCCGUGUUACGCCACGUCCGGGUGGCGGUGCAAACCCGGGAACUCAAAUCAAAUCCGUGGGCUACGUCCGGUUCGAUCCGGUUAAUGUCGUCACAUGAUGACCAUCUAACCAAGGAAGAGGUGGCCGAAAGAGUCCUCUCUGUUAUCAAGAGCUUCCCUAAAGUCGAUCCCUCCAGGGUGACUCCGGAAGUACAUUUCCAGAAAGAUCUGGGAUUGGAUAGCUUGGACAAUGUGGAGAUUGUGAUGGCACUAGAGGAGGAGUUCAAGCUUGAAAUUCCGGACAAGGAAGCUGAUAGGAUUGACUCUUGUAACCUUGCGAUUGAAUACAUUCAUAACCAUCCACUGGCCAGUUGAUUUGAGCAUCGGGUUUCUCUCCCUGAAUUUAAUGGAAAAAUUAAAAUGACAAUCUGUUUUGUUUGUUUUACUUAUUCGGUGUUUGGAUGGAUUGAUCCUUGUCUUGGGUUGAGAAUAAUCCAAGUCUGUUUGAUAAGAGUAGCAUUGGCAGAACAGGCAUUCGACUUUAUUAUGCUUCAAGUCCAAGUGAUCACUAGUUUCCAUUUGUGAGGAACC